AUGGCCGCGGCCACGGCGUGCGGCUCCCCGCCUUCCCGCCCGCCCCGCGAGCAGGCGCCGCCGCCGCGGAAGCGGGGUGACUCGCGGCGGCGGCAGGCCGCCCUCUUCUUCCUCAACAACAUCUCCCUGGACGGACGGCCUCCCUGUCCGCCCACCGACAAACCGCUGCCGCCCGCCGGCCAGGGUGAAAGGGAGGAGGCGGCGGUGGCGGCGCCGACCGGAGCCCCCCCUCGCUUGUUGUCCCCACCGCCCGCCUGUCAACCGCCGCCCGCUUUGCUGCUGACCGGUGUCUCCCCUCUCGUCGCCACCACCGGAGCCAAGGGGGAGGCGGACCCCACCCGCGGGGGCAUGUUCCUGCCGCAGCUGCUCCUGGGCGGCCCGCUCUGUCCGCCGCCCCCGGCGCCGCCCGCCCUGCCGGGGAUGCUGGCGGCCGCCAAACCGGGCGCACCGGGGCUGCUGAGCCCCACACAGAACGCGGCGGGCGGCGGCUUCGCGCUGGAGGCGCAGCGACAGAGAAGGCGUUUUAUCUCCCAGCGCUGCUCUCUAGACUUUUUAGAAGACAUAGUGGAAUAUGCCAGUGUACAAAGAACCAAGCAUAUAUCUGGGUCUCCAAGACACAAAAGUUUGAAGAAGAUGCACUUCAUCAAGAACAUGAGGCAAUAUGACACCAAGAACAGCAGGAUAGUCUUAAUCUGUGCUAAAAGAACACUGUGUGUGGCUUUUUCUAUCCUACCUUACGGGGAGAGUUUACGGAUCAGUGAUCUAAAAAUGGAAGGACAGAAGCAGCGACAUCCUUCUGGGGGAGUUUCAGUCUCCACUGAGAUGGUGCUUGGAAUGGAAGGCGUAGAGUUAGGUGCUGAUGGCAAGGUUGUGUCUUAUGCAAAGUUCUUGUAUCCCACCAAUGCCCUGGUUGUUCGCAAGGCUGACAGCCACAGUGCUGUGCCCUUGUGUCGAGCCAGUGCUUCACGGAGUCUUCCUGCAGCAAGAUACAAACCUGUGACAGCAAAAACCUUACCAGCAGGAACAGACCUUGGAAGUGAAGUUGGGGAAGCUUCAGAGUAUGAUCCAAAUCUUCUGGAUGAUCCUCAGUGGCCCUGUGGAAAACAUAAACGUGUUCUCAUCUUUGCCUCUUACAUGACUACAGUCAUAGAAUAUGUGAAACCCUCAGACCUUAAAAAGGAUAUGAAUGAAACCUUUAGAGAGAAGUUUCCUCAUAUCAAGUUGACACUGAGCAAAAUUAGGAGUCUGAAGAGAGAGAUGCGGAACCUGAGUGAAGAGUGCAAUCUGGAGCCCGUUACUGUCUCCAUGGCUUAUGUUUACUUUGAGAAGCUCGUCCUCCAAGGCAAACUCAACAAACAGAACCGCAAACUGUGUGCUGGUGCUUGCGUUCUGCUUGCAGCCAAGAUCAGCAGUGAUCUCAGGAAACAUGAAGUCAAACACCUUAUUGAUAAACUAGAAGAGAGAUUCAGAUUCAACAGAAGAGAUCUCAUUGGGUUUGAAUUCACCGUCCUUGUAGCUUUGGAACUGGCUCUUUACCUUCCUGAAAACCAAGUUUUACCUCAUUACAGACGACUCACACAACAGUCUUAACCAAAGCUGUGCUCCAGCUGACAGCCAGUGGCACUGGAGAUCGCAUCACUGAUGGCUGCUGGUGGAGUUGCCACUGGCCUCCCUGUGCUGCUGUGUGCCCUGCCAUGGCUACAGCGAGUUCUGGUGUGGUGUUAAACUGUUGAGGCAUGUUAUGGACAUGUGUGCUAAGUCUGGAGGAUGGUACGAGAAGAGUUGUUGGACUUUAUUUUCUUUUGGACAUUUAAAGCACAAAUAUUCACCAGUCAGCUGUCAUGGCUGCUUAUUAUUCCUUAUUUAUCUUUUUUGGUUUUCUUAAAACUGUUCUUCCCUAUGAAGAAUACUAUGGUAUUGUUUCUUUUGUUUUAAAGCCUUUAUUAUAUUCCUUGAGACUAAAGGAAGCAUCACUUCCAUUCCAGUGCACCAUAAAGUUCAGAUGUUUUUAAGAAUCUUCUCACAUUUUUACAUUACUGAAAUGCAUACUUUAUUUUUUUAAAGAUGUGCCUAAAACUGGCUGGUCUGGUACCAGUGUUUUUUAAGUUAGUUCUGUUAUUUGGUAGGGAAACCUGAAUUUGUAUAGCCAUUUAUUCUUUACCUGCAUUGGCCUUGCAUAAAAAAAGGAGAACAAUUCCAGUAUAUCUGCACUAAUGAUACACAGGGCAUCUACUCUCUCCUAUACUCUAGAUCUAGAAGUAGCAAGUUUGAAAUUACUCUGUUCCGGUUCAGUUAACUAUUAAUACCUUACAAAAUAUACAUUUUAUUUAUGGAGGAGUGUUUGAAAAUCUCUCAUGAAGUACCACGUGUUGAACGAGGUGGCUGCAGCAAAGGGAUUGCUGUCCUCAUUCACACUUCAGUGGAAGAUGAGCACAUGACUAAAAGCAAUUUGCUGUCAAAUGUAUCAUUUAUGACUUCAUUUUGUUUCCAGUGUUCUGUAGUCUGAAACAAGCACCUUCAGUAUGACUGUAUUAUAUAUGGUCCUACGUGCUCUGAGCAAAUAGUUCAGCCAGUAGAGCUCCUGCUGCCAAACUAAGCCAAUGAAAGCAUGACCAAUAUGUAAAAUGCUACCUUUUUACUCUGUUCUUCCAAGCAUUGCAUCACUGUGAUGGUCCUCAUACAACUGGCUUUGCACAUCUGAACAGCCACCAAAGGGCUGGUGCCCAGCAGUGCUCUGAUGCAUGCUCAGAGGUUAAAUAACUUCUGACCUUUGGCUAUUCCUUCAUUUGGUUUGGGCCUUGUUUUGUUUUGUUUUUCCCAAAUAUCCAAGAUGGGAAUGAACUCUCAGUUAUAUGUGGAACCUUCUGUGAUACUGGCUCUUGGUUUUAUUUUCUGAAGCAAUAUUAUGAUACAAGUAACUGUGUCCAUUUGCAAGGAACUGAUGCUUGGCUAGUAGGACUGAGACAUUUGGCAUUUAAGUUUGAGUCCUAAGUGAGAUGCUAUACCUUGUACUGAGGUAAGGGAUCUGCUCUCCCAUAUGUAAAGUAAUGUAAAUUUCUGUUCUUUGUAUUGAAUGUUGGUUGUAGCCAAAACCAAAGCUGAAUCUUUUGCUUUUCAGCUGUGUUUUGUCUGAAGCUAGUUUGGCUUCAUUAGAAUUGCAGCAGACUUUACUGGAGCCCCUUCUUCAAGUGAGGCUCAA